CACUACUCUGUGCCAGGAACGGAAGGAGAGCUCCUUAUUGUUUAUGAGAGGAUCGCUCUUGCCUGCAAGACGGCCGCUCGACGUGUAUAGGUUCUAUUUUGGAGCUUCGAGAGGAUUUCCUCUUUCACAAUAUUAUGAUAACGAAGCAUUAUAUGUUUAGAGAGUAUUAAUUCAAGCAACAUCUUUAGACAACAUGGCUGACAAACCAGACGACAAUACCACAGGCUUGCCUCCCACAGGCCCGCCUCAGACUCCAGAAUCUUCAAGUUCCAGAAACCAGACAGGCCUGCCUCCCACGGGUCCAUCUCCUGCUGCAGGAUCCUCAAGUUGGAGAAACCAGACAGGCCGACCUCCCACGGCUCCAUCUCCCCCUACAGGACCCUCAAAUUGGAGAAAUCAGACAGGACCGCCUCCCACGGGCCCGCCUCGUACAGGCCCACCUCGCACAGGUACACCUCCCGCCCCAGGGCCCUCGAGGUCCAGAGACCAGACAGAUGGCAUCGAGGCUCCAUUGUCACAGCCUCCGUACGAAAUGACCCUCAAUAAGUACUGGCCCAAUAUCAAUAGUUAUCAUGGCCCUUGGUUUCAUAUUCCUAUUGAAGAGCUCGAAGUCUUAGCAAAGAGCAACUGGGCUCUCCCUCGACCCCGAAUCAUUGACCCCGCUGUAUUCUUUGACUUGUUGAAGAUCCGGCAACUGACUGACGAAGCCUGCGACCUGGCAGUACGAGCAACAGCCGGAAUUGCCACGUCGGCUCUCUCAAAACCAUUCACUAUUGCUAGAAGCAUGCGAGGAAGUGGCGUAGAAGCACUAGGGCUGGGAUCCUUUGGACCUGGGGUCGAAGCGCAACUGAGCCCAGAACGGAAAUUUCGAAUGCGAGAGAAGGCUACCCAAAAACUCUCGGAGGCAUAUCGUCUUGAUGAUACAGCAUCCUGCAUUGUUACCAUGCGAGGACCGUCUGUCCUUGGAAUGGUUGCGAAACAAGUGAUUGAAACCCCUCGAGAAGAUCUAGACCGUCUCGAUGGCAAAUAUGUGCAUUAUUUCCACGAGAAGACAGAUGACAAAGCUAUGAUGAAGCCCGAGGCGUUCUCACUACUCGACGAGGUCAUAAAUGAACGGCAACUGCCGGCUGAGCCUUUGCGUACAAGAGCUGUUGCUAAGAUGCUCCAAGAGAAUAAUUUGGAGGCCGUGGAAGAUCUAACUAAGGCGCUGCAGUUCUGCAGGUCUCAAAAGAGUUUGCACAAGCCGAAGCUUCCGAAAUCACAGAAUAAUUCAAGUUCAGCCGCUGAUACAAGUGGCUCUUCGAAAUGUAAGGAGAAAAAACUGGAUGAGAACGACUAUCCCAGUAGUCUAGAGGCUCAGGUACUGUUCCGUAGGGCGGGCGCAUACCUUGACUUAGCUUCCCAAACCGUUGAAAAGGCACUUCCUUCAACAGAUCAAAGUCAGCGCAGUUCGAUGGGUGCGAGCAAUGAGAGCAAUACUGGAGGUCCAAGCGUCGGAGCGGAACCAGAAGCAAUGGAGAGGGAGAAACAGGGCAAGCUGGUGAAAGAAUAUGCAAAACGAGCUCUCCGUGACUAUACCUCCUAUCUCUCACUUUUGGAUUACACGCCAGACCUUGAUCCAAAGCAUAUGGAUGCUUUCGAUCGCAGGGUUUUUCAAACUGCAGUUGGAUUUAAGUUACCUAAGGGGAAUACUGGUAGCAGCAGCAACCCUUUAUCGGGAAUCCCAUCACCAGUGGCCUACCAGAUGUCUACGCUCUUCUCUGCAACUCCACCAAGCCUCCAACCAAAUCCUCAAACGGACAUCUUAGUCGACCACGAUUCAGCCCCCAAAAACGCAUCUGAUACUUCUGCUCUCCAUGCAGCAGCCCAACAGCUCCUUGACAGUGCCAAUAAAAAUGAGUCGCUCACUUAUCAUCCUCUUCUCGUAGACGUAUUGCACUCCCUGCUUCUCUGCCACGUUCUUGUGCAGACCUCUGACCGUGAGAUACACCGCCAUGCUCACAUGGCUGCACGCCUCAUCCGCAGCUGCGACGGAUAUCCGAUUUUUGAACCGCCUCUGGAGGUGCAGAGCCGCAAAGAUUGGCUUGAGGUCCUGAGCCGAGUGGGCGAGAGAUUCGAUCUUGGUGAAUCCUGGGACUUCCUAUGCAGACCCAGGUUGUAUAGGAGGGCCGGGGUCCCACCGGUGUAUAGCGAGGAAGGCGGGGGCAUGAAAGAGACCCGAGACGAGAAGAGGGAGAGGCUACACAGGAAGGCUGUUUUAGAAACGGUAACGGACAAGAGCAUAACUGAUGAUGAAACUUUCAAGAAGGAACUUGCAGCAAAGAAGACGAGACAAGUGGAGGAGGAAAGGAAAAGCACGGGCAAAUCGGAUGAAGAUAAGGCUGGUCCAUCGAAAGGUAAAGCGAAGGACGAAGACCACAAUGUGGAUUCGAAUCGGGCACGCAGUAUUGUGAGAUGGGUUCUGGAAGCGCCUCAGAUAACUAAUCCGGAGAGCAGGAAGAAGAAGAAGCGUAAAACAAAGGGUCGUGGGGGUACUAGGGGCCGUGGGUAUAGUACGGGUCGUGGCUCGUUGAACAGUUCCAUGGGCAAUAUGAGUAUUACUGAUGAUCAGACUGUCGAGACUCCCAAUGAGGGAGCCGACUAAGCGAGCAUGGAUUCGGUACAAUUCUUUGUACAGUAGUACGUGAUGUUCAAAUCACACAGCGUAUUCAGCGAAGCAUUAGAAAAUCAAUCAAUCGAAC